CCUCUGUUUUGUAUAACGAAACGUAAUUUAACCUAAAAUUUUGUAAAUCAAUUCAGGGUCAAUUGUAAUUUCUAAUAUUUUGUCUAAAUAUUAGCAUACGAUUGUCUCUAGGGCGUUUGCAUCCGGCGAGAGCAUUCUUACGUGUAGUGACUCAACAGUUUCCGUCGUGUACAAGCAUCAGAAUGUUUUACAGACAUAUUUUAAGAACUUUCACCAAUCCACGAAUACGAUGCCUAAAUAACUGUUUUAGGAAUAAAUAUAGUAAUUUCGGCAGUCCUGCAUCGCUCUCCACAUCUAUAAAGGCGUUAAAGGAUGAAAAGGUGAAAGUGACAUUCGUGCUCCAUGACGGAAAGCGGCUGCAAGCCGAGGCGAACGUCGGAGACUCCUUGCUCGACGUCAUAGUCAACAACGACCUGAACAUUGAGGGUUACGGCGCAUGUGAGGGGACACUCACAUGCUCCACUUGUCACGUUAUACUCAAGCAGGAAGACUAUGACAGGUUACCAGAAGAAGCUUGCGAUGAGGAGCGUGACAUGCUGGACUUGGCGUACGGCCUCACGGACACCUCGCGGCUCGGCUGCCAAAUCAUCAUGACUAAGGAGCUGGACGGGCUGGAGGUGAAGGUUCCAGAAACCAUCAAUGACGCGCGCAGCUGAUGCGGCAGAGGGUUUACUCUUAAUACCAGGGACGCCUUUUAUAAAAAUACAGUUACAAUGGAGUCGGCAACUGGCAAAGGUUUGCAUAGAUGGCGCCAUCAUAGCUUGCCCCUUUUUCUAUGAGAUUUGGCUUAAAAGGAUGGCAUCCGGGGCAUAAAAUUACAUUUAAAAAAAUUGACACAAUUCUAGGGAUUGACAGGGCAAGCUAUGCUGGCGCCAUCUGCUAAAUACUUUGGCCGGCCA